AUUGCAGGAUCUCUUCCAACAAGAGAAAGGGAGAAAACGUCCAUCAGUACCACCCAGCCCUGGGAGACUGAGGCAAGGUGAAGAAAGCAAGAUCAGUAGCAUGGAUGCUUCCCCACGCAAUGCUUCUCCAGCACUGCAAAAUGGAGAGAAAGAGGAUCGUUUCCUGACUACUUUAUCAAGUCAGAGCUCCACAGGCUCCACCCAUCUUCAGCUGCCCACCUCUCCAGAGAUUGUAUCGGAGCAUAUGACUGGUGCCAACACACUGUCUGAACAGGAUACAACAAGCAGCUCAGAAGAUGUGUUUGAUGGACACUCACUGGGAUCUACAGACAGCCAAGUGAAGGAGAAAUCUACUAUGAAAGCUAUUUUGGCUAACUUUUUGCCUGGAAACAACUAUAACCCCAUUCCAUUUCCAUUUGACCCGGAUAAACACUACCUAAUGUAUGAGCAUGAACGUGUACCUAUUGCAGUCUGCGAGAAAGAACCAAGCUCCAUCAUAGCUUUUGCUCUCAGCACGUCAGACAACAAACCAAAGAGCAGUAGCCCUGUCCGCCUGCCUGAGGCUAACAUGUGUCCAUCAAAUCGCAAUGCAGAACCAGAACAGCCAAAGAAACCAUCUGGCGUUUUGUCUUUCUUCCGUGGCACGGGAGGGAAGAGCCCAGACCUUUCUUCCCAGAAGAAAGAGACCUUACGUGGUGCUGACAGUGCCUACUACCAGGUUGGACAGAUGGGCAAAGAGGGAGCAGAAAACCAAGGAGCUGAGCCUCAAGAUGAUGUAGAUGGAGGAGAUGGACAGAAGAAACAGCUGGUGAAUCCCCAUGUGGAACUCCAGUUUUCAGACGCAAAUGCCAAGUUCUACUGCCGGAUUUAUUAUGCUGGCGAGUUUCACAAGAUGCGUGAAGUGAUACUGGGGAGCAGUGAAGAGGACUUCAUCCGAUCCCUCUCUCACUCUUUGCCCUGGCAGGCACGAGGUGGCAAAUCUGGGGCUGCGUUCUAUGUGACCGAGGAUGAUAGAUUCAUCUUGAAACAGAUGCCUCGUCUGGAAGUCCAGUCGUUCCUUGACUUUGCUCCACACUACUUCACUUACAUCAUUAAUGCAGUUCAGCAGAAGAAGCCCACAGCACUGGCCAAAAUCCUUGGGGUAUAUCGAAUUGGAUACAAGAACUCUCAAAACAACACUGAAAAGAAGCUGGAUCUGCUUGUCAUGGAAAACCUUUUCUACGGCAGGAAAAUGGCUCAGGUUUUUGACCUGAAGGGCUCCCUCCGGAAUAGAAAUGUUAAAACAGAUACAGGCAAGGAAAGCUGUGAUGUAGUCCUGCUGGAUGAGAACCUUCUGAAGAUGGUCCGGGACAAUCCUUUGUACAUCCGUUCCCAUUGCAAGGCUGUGCUGAGAGCUUCCAUACACAGUGAUUCCCAGUUCCUCUCCAGCCACCUCAUCAUCGACUAUUCCCUGCUGGUGGGUCGUGAUGAUACCAACAAUGAGCUGGUUGUUGGGAUCAUUGACUAUAUUCGCACUUUUACCUGGGACAAAAAGCUUGAAAUGGUGGUGAAGUCAACUGGCAUCUUGGGAGGACAAGGUAAGAUGCCAACUGUGGUCUCUCCAGAACUGUACCGGACCAGGUUUUGUGAAGCUAUGGACAAGUAUUUCCUGAUGGUGCCAGACCAUUGGACAGGACUGGGCCUGAAUUGCUAAGCUAAAGCCCAUAUUGGGAAAGCACAAGAGGACAAUGACAUUAUAGGCCACUCUCUUCCUGCGGUCUGUCCAGCAGUAAGCAAGAGGAUUGCAGUUCCAUGUCUACACUGACCGUGUGCGUCAUGUCAUGAAGCGUGAAAUCUGCUUCUUGCACUUUAAUCCUCUCUUGGAGGCUGAUAAGCGAACCAGCCUCACUAAGGAUCUAAGCUGUAAGGUACCACUGAACAGCAUUGAUAAGAGACAUUCCCUCUGUCAGUAGGGAAGGUGAUGCUAUCUCCAUGUAAGAGCACUGAAACAGAUACUAUCCAGUUCAUGAUAGUGUAGAAGUACGUGAUCUCUCUAAGUCUUGCACUGCCUAAGUGGUGUUUAAUAUGAGCAGCUCAUGUUUCUGUAGUGGAUGCGUGGUACUGCAAAUGUGAAAUAAACCCCCCUCUGUGUGUGUGGGUGGGUGAGAGAAGAAUGAAGUUAAUUCCUGAGUUCUGCUAUUGUUGCAGUGGUCUGUAGUUGACCUGUUUAGGAUCCAUUAAUAACUUGUCCUGCUUAUGC